GCGGCAGCCUAGCCUCGCCUAGUCUUGCCUUGCCUUCCCUCCGCGCCUGAAGAGACCGUGACGUCUUUUUGUGGCGGCCGUUAACGGUCGCCGCAGCGGACUACAGGCCCCAGCGGGCCGGGCGCGGGCCCGAGCGGCCAUGGCGGCGGCGGCAGCACCCGACUACGAGGCGGCGGAGCUGUACACCCGCGCCUUCCGCCUCGGCGCCCUAGGCCUCUGCUGGCGGCAACAGCUGGCGCCGCCCGACCUCUCGCUGGCGACGGAGGCGGCGGCGGCGGAGGAGGAGGAGGAGGAGGAGGCCGUAGCGGCGCAGCUGGGUUGCGCGUCGGAGACCGUGGCGGAGCUGCGGGCCGUCUGCAGCAUUGAUAUGUUAAUGUCUUCUGAUAAAGAAAAGGACCCAGAUGUUAUUCCUGAAGAUAGCAGUCUGCUGACCCUUCGAAUUAGAAAGAAGGCAUCAGAGAGGAGAGAAGAAACAAUUAUUGUGGAUCGGGCUUGCAGACAAGAAACUCUUGCUUAUGAGAUGGAGUCACAUGCAAUUGGAAAGAGGCCAGACAAUCCAACAGAUCUCGUUGGGGAGGGAGAGUUACUUUUAACUCUGAACAUCUUCUAUCCUGUCAUAUUUCAGAAGCAUAAAGAUCACAAACCCUAUCAGACGGUCCUUGUACUGGGCAGCCAGAAGCUCACUGAGCUGAGAGACUCGAUUUCCUGUGUCAGUGACUUCCAGAUAGGUGGUGAGUUCAGCAGCCAGCCAGAUCAAGCACCAGAGCACAUCAGCAAGGAUCACUACAAAUCUGCCUUUUUUUAUUUUGAAGGAAUUUUUUAUAAUGAUAAAAGAUACCCAGAGUGCAGAGAUCUGAGCAGAACAAUUACUGAGUGGUCAGAAUCUCAUGACAGAGGCUAUGGAAAUCUUCAGUCUGUUAAAAUGGAGGAAUACACAUUUAAUGAUUUGUCCCUCAAAAUUGGCUUUCCAUACCUUUUCUGCCACCAAGGGAAUUGUGAGCACAUCAUUAUCAUCACAGAUAUAAGGCUCAUUCAUCAUGAUGACUGCCUGGACAGGAAUCUCUAUCCGUUGCUAAUCAAGAAACACUGGUUAUGUACCAGAAAAUGCUUUGUGUGCAAAAUGUAUACAGCCAGGUGGGUAACCAACAAAGACAGCCUGGCACCAGAGGAUCCUUGUUUCUUCUGCGAUGUUUGUUUUCGGAUGCUCCACUACGACACGGAAGGCAAUAAACUGGGGGAGUUUCUUGCGUAUCCUUACGUUGAUCCUGGGAUUUUCAACUGAAACUGACAUAGGGCAGAACUACGUAGGCAGUGAACUACAUUGGUGAAUCUGUUGCUGUGGCUGUUAAAACCACACAACAGCUUGAGUUCUGAGUGUACUGCUGGGUUUUGGGUUAGGAUUUUAGUCCUCUCCACUGAGGUGGAAGGUGCCCUUUGCACUUGCAGUCUUUCCGGUGUGCUUUUCUAAGUAAGUAUGAUUUUAAAAGGUAAGUUAGCAUGCAGAAAUAUGGCCAGACAUCUACUUUAUUUUAAUCAGUUACAUUUUUUAAUACAGUUUGUCAACAAUACAGUCAUUUGGAGAUGGUGGACACCCAAAAUACGGGUGUUUAAAGAGAGAAUACCUUGCAAAAGCAGCCAUGAUUUUGAGUUCUGUGCAUCCAAGGCUCUGUUAACGUCAAAGGAUGAGAACUUGGUCUUUGGGCAUUUUACCUUGAAAACUGUGGCAGUUGUCAUCUCUGAAGAAGGGUGGAUAGCACUGAAUUUGGGGGGAGGAGGAUGCUUUCUGAGAGAGAGGCUCAGAGUGCUUGUUAAGUUCUAAGGUCUUUCCUGCAAACAGAAUGGUGCUUGCGUCUGUGAACUGCAGCUGUGCUUGCAUUCUGACUCUGAGGAUUCCGUGAAGAGUAAACUACAUUUCACCAAUUACUGAAUUGUAGCCUGCCAUUCAAAUGACUGUUAACUGUUUACAGUGUGUGCAGUUUUAACUGUUCCUAAAGUAGUGCUCAUUGUGCACUUCUUUUUUCAGUAUCAUUCUCUUACUGUAAGUAUUGUUGGUCUUUAUUAAAACAUGACCAGUUUGCA